UGUUUUCUGGGAACUUUGAAAUGAGCGCAAUGCAAGAGAAUGUCACUACCACGGCGACCAUGGUCACUGCUAGGAUAAAGGAGGAGGCUCGUAUUUGGACGCUUGCACGCACUAGACACCUGUGUAAUGUAAUGCCGCGAGAGUAGACUCCAUUCCCCCGCCUUACGGGUACCUGUUAAAACUUCUCUCCUAAUUAAUGAAAAUGACAAAUAUUUUGCCUUGUUUCAAGAAAAAAGAAAGUGCUGCUUUCCCUCAAAAAGAAAAAGAAAAAGUGGUGAUGUGGUGUGCUCUCGUGGGCUAAAGACUAAAGUUCUAAAUCUUCCGGUGCUACAGCCCGGUAGCUUCGCCUCGCCCCUCAAGUUGGAAAAGGUCGUGGAAUGGAUCAGCUGCUCCCUUGACUCGUGGUCGUUGUCUCCUCUUGGCACCAAAAAAUUUCCACGCACGGUAGAACAACCGAUCGAUUCCACCCAGCCCGACGGCCUUAUUACUCCCUCGAUCGAUCGCCGUGGCACAGGCACCCGUUCCGGUCUUCUUCCUCAGCGAUCCACGCCAUGUACCAUCUCCUCCUCCUCCUCCUCGUCCUGCUCCCCUUCGCCACAGCCGACGCCCACGCCGCCGCUUUCUGCAACAACGCCACCUGCGGCGGCCAGAGCAUCGCCUACCCGUUCUGGCUCGCCAACUCCGGGCCCAACUGCGGCUACCCGGGCCUGGGCGUCUCCUGCAACGAGAACACCCCGAUCCUCGACGUCCAGUUCCACCAGUACAGGGUCCUGCGCAUCGACUACGCCAACCGCGCCGUCUCCCUCGCCGACGUGGACGCCUGGAACACGACCUGCCCGCGGCUCAGCUUCAGCCUCUCCGUCGACCCCCGCUCAUCGCUGCAGCUCACGCCCUCCAACUCCAACCUCACCCUGCUCUACAACUGCAAGGCCGGCGUCUCCCGGCCCUCCGCCGUGAAACUCGACGGGUGCCCGGAACAGAGCAUGGCCUGGUACGUGCUCCCUGAUGACGACGGGGCCACGGGCGACGCGCGCGCGUACGGGUGCGAGGAGGCGGUGACGACGCCGGUGCUGAUGAGCCCGCGUCGUCCGGCGAACCCGUCGCUCCGUGAGGCGCUCAGCGGUGGGUUCCAGAUGCGUUACGAUGAUCGGUCCGAGCGGUGCGGCGCAUGCGAGCAGUCCGGCGGACGGUGCCGAUACGGGCGCAUCGAGGAGCACGGCGGGACGGGCUUCGCGUGCGUCUGCGACGAUGGCGCGAACAAACUCCGGUGCGGGGAUGCACUCUCCUUAUGCUUGAAGAGACAAAAAUUGUAUAAAAUAGCAAGCACAUCGAGCGUAGUUCUGAUAUUGUUUGCAUGUUUAUUGGUCUAUAAGAAAUACAGUUCUGCGCUUUUGAGGAGUCGUCUUCCGUGCUCCUUUCAUGAGCCCGUUGAGGUUUCCUUGAGCCUCUUGACAAGUCACACCAGAUCUGCCUCGUCUAGAGGUGAUGCAGAGUUACCACGUGACGGCGGUGAUCUUCUCCGGUGACAUUUUGGCUUGUAGGCUUCGUAAAUGGAUAGUUUGGCCCCUAAAUUGGUUUGGUGUAAAUAACAAGUGAUUAGAGGGAAUAAUGUUCACAAGAUGUAUGGCCAGAUAUUAGUCUCAUAGUUGAACAAUAAAGGUGGUCCCCCCCCCCC